AUGCCUUGGCCUAACGCACACUUCCUGGAAAACAAAUCCAUUGUGGUGGCCGGGGCUGGCAUGGCCGGCCUCGCCUUUGCCAUCUCACUGAAGAAACAAUGGGGCAACUCACAGCCACUUCGGCUCACUAUCUUUGAUCGCGACAGCCGAAACGGCGACCCGAAAAGACAAGGCUAUUCUUUGUCUAUCAACGGCGUGGACAAGGAUGGUGGUCUUGUGGCGCUGCAAAAGAUUGACCUUCUCGAUCGCGUCAUCGAGGCUGCAACUCCAGGAACCACGAGCAUGUCUUUCAAGAUGUGGGACAGCAAUUGGUCCGAGCUCAUUUCAAUCUCCGCAAAGCCAUAUGGGGAUCUCCCAGUUGGCGGAUUGCGGAUUGCGAGGGCUGACCUGCGCGAAAUCCUCAUCCAAGAAGCUGAGGCUCUGGGCAUUGACAUCAACUGGGAGUCACAAUGCCUGAGCGCCGCUUCUUCACUUGACGGAAGUGUUGAAAUCACUGUCUCCUCCAACGGUAGCUCAAGUACCGUGCAGCACAAAUGCAACAUUCUGGUUGCUGCCGAUGGCGCCCACAGCAAGAUCCGGGCCUCCAUCCGACCUGACGACGUGCUGCAAUACGCCGGAGCAACCCAAAUUGGCGGAUUGGCUGUAUUUCAAGACGAAAUCCCGAAACCACUGAGCGAAGCAUGGGGGAUUCUCAUCUCCGGACAUGGAAACAGCUGCUUUGCUGCACCCAUCAGGGACAAAACUGUUGUCUGGGCAUUGAGCAAGGCUGAAGAGAUGCCAGCGCAAACUGCGGGUGGAGAUGGCCGUGCCUUGCUCGAAGAGGCACGAAAACUUGGCGAGGAGAUAGGAGACCCCUAUUCGAGUCUUUUGAAGGCGACAGAUCCAUCUACGGCCUUUGUCAUUCCAGCAAAGGACAAGCAGCCAUUCAACCACCAAGGAGUCUUGCCGGGUGUUAUCUUUAUUGGGGACAGCAAUCAUGCCGUAAGCCCCUUUGCUGGAAAUGGCGCUAACACGGCGAUGCAAGAUGGUUGUGACUUGGCGGAACUCUUGUUUUCCUCGGAUUCUCUGGAGGGCGCCGUCGUUGCAUACGAUAGUGUCUCGGUACCGCGAGCCGAGAAGACGCUCAAGUCGUCACAUUGGCGGAUCAGCAUUGCGAAUCUGGAGGGGAUUAAAUUCUCCCUGUUUAGGCGGAUGGUAAUGGCAGGUGGUUUCUUCAUGUGGUUAGCUGGCAAAUGA